UCGAUAAAUUAGCUAUAUUUUUUUACAAGAUGUUGAUGUGACUACAUUAUAUACUUUUAAAAGCUUUUUUUUUGUCAGGUUAAUUUUUUAUUAAUUUAUGUCCUCGUCCACAUCAUUUCAGGUCUCAGCGAAUUGAAAAAUCAGCGCCAAAAUGGCAAUAAGGUCGUUGCCUGCAGUUCUCCUCGAAAAAGCUGCGAAGGAGAUAAACGAAGAUCCCAGAAGAGUUCCUUCUGAUAUCCAGGGACUUAGGGACUGGCUUGCCAAGCAACCCCACUUACAGUCAGUCCAACCUACUGAUCAAUGGUUAAUAGCAUUUUUAAGAGGUAGUAAAUUUAGCCUUGAACGGAGUAAAGAGAAAAUAGAUAUGUAUUAUACUUUAAGAUCUCUAGUCCCUGAAUUUUUUUCAAACAGAGAUCCACUAGACCCAAAAGUCCAAGAAAUACUUAAAUUAGGAACAUUUUUGCCUUUAAAGAAAUGUACAAGCGAAGUUGACCCAAGAACAAGUAUAGUCAGGAUUGGAUUGUUAAACCCAUCGCAGUAUCACCUGUCUGACAUAUUGAAAGUGUCACUAAUGGUGACUGAAAUCCUUAUGUUGGAAGACGACAAUUUCACUGUAUCCGGCGAGGAAGUCAUAGUAGACAUGAAAAACGUAGGAGUCGCCGUGUUGAGCCAAUGGACUCCAGCAAUGGCGAAGAAAGCGAUCUCGUGUUUCGAGAAAUCUCUACCCGUUAGAGUGAAGAGUAACCACAUACUAAACACACCGAUGGGUUUCGAGGCUGCUUUUACGAUCCUCAAGACAUUCUUAGGUGAAAAAUUAAAGAAUAGGAUCCAGGUCCACAAUCAGAACUACGAAGAGUUGUACAAGCGUAUCCCUAAGUCAAUACUGCCGAUCGAAUACGGAGGUGAAGACGGCUCUGUAGAGGAGUUGGCAAAUUAUUGGAAAACCAAGGUAGAAAGCUACCGUGACUGGUUUUUGAACGAAGAAAAAGCAAAAUCCGAUGAAUCCAAGAGACCAGGCAAACCGAAGACCACAUCAGACCUUUUCGGCGUUGAAGGCUCAUUUAGGAAAUUAGAAGUUGAUUGAAUAAUUUUAUAAUUUUGGUGUUAAAUAAAUCUUCAUUUUUUAUUAUUAUUUGAGUUACGUUGUUUUAUUUAAAUUAGUUUCUUGUUAUAAACGGAACAAGUGUUUUGUAGUUUGUAAUAUAU